AUGGCUUCGCAAGAUGGCCUUUCGACCAUUUAUGGUGUACCAACCAAAUAUAUAUCCCUAAUCAUCCUGGUCGUUCAGAACUCCACCCUUGUUCUGACGAUGCGGUAUUCUCGAAUCCUCCCUGGACCACAAUAUUUGAGCUCGACAGCUGUGGUCCUCUCCGAACUCAUCAAAUGUAUAAUAUGUCUUGCUAUUCACCUUCGCGAUCAGCAAUCCGUUCGUGGCUAUUCAGAGCUGCCUACUCUUUCAGAUGAUGCCUCUCCUUCCCACAGCUCUUCAUCUUAUACCAUCCGCCAAUUGGCCACCGACAUCUUUUCUAUCAAGAGCGGCUUCCCAAAGCUGCUUGUACCUGCAAUUCUCUACACCCUCCAAAACAACCUACAAUUCGUUGCAGCUUCCAACCUCGAUGCCGCCACUUUCCAGGUCACCUAUCAAUGCAAGAUUUUGACAACAGCUCUGUUCGCGGUUCUGAUGCUGGGUCAAUCUUUGUCGCCCAAGAAAUGGUUGGCACUCUUUGUCCUUACGGCUGGAGUCGCCUGUGUUCAAAUCCCUUCCUCUUCAACAGCUACUCCUAUCAACGAGGGCAAUUAUUCUUUGGGAAUGAUUUCGGUGGCUGUGGCUUGCAUAUGCUCUGGAUUCGCGGGCGUCUACUUCGAGCGAGUGCUAAAGGGCGGCCAGUCUACAUCUAUCUGGGUGCGCAAUAUCCAACUUAGUGUUGGCUGUUUGGCCAUCGCCUUGUUUGGAGCCUUCGCCUGGGACGGCCAGGCAAUUCGUACAAAUGGCUUCUUCCAAGGCUACAAUCCAGUCGUCGUUUUUACGGUCUGUGUUCAGGCAGCAGGAGGACUAAUUGUCGCCAUGGUUAUCAAAUACGCCGACAACAUCCUAAAAGGCUUCGCCACCUCCCUCUCCAUCAUCCUCUCGACAGUUGCCUCGAUUUUUCUGUUCAAUUUCGUUCCUACGAUCUACUUCUUGUUCGGGUCCAUUCUGGUUUUUGCUGCCACCUAUCUCUACAGUAUGCCUGAGAGGGCGCCAGCCGUGGAAGAAAUUUUCAAUGAUUCAGAGAAGAACCCAAUUCUUGUGGUUGACGAUUAUGAUGCUGAUAGCUCCACUGAGCAUUCGAAAAUCAAGAAGCCCUUCCGGGACGAAAGUGACCUUGAGUCUGGUGAUGACGAGACUUACGAUUCCUCAAGCAUAUACGAACAUGACGAUGGGACCAAGAGCCGCAACUUUUCACCUUCCCUCAUUCAGCAGCCCACGAUGGAAAAACAAGUUUAUUCAGAACUGGGAUCUGUAUGA